AUGAUGUCUGCGAUCUACCCUUUGACGGGUAUUUUGCGCCUGAAGAAAAAAGAAGACCAAGAAGAUUUGGUUGUCCAUUCUCCCGAAGACAUUUUGGACCAUAUGGUCCCGGCUUCGGUCCAAAUGGGCCACACUUCGGACAAAACGGACCUCAAGAUUUUCAACGGUUCCAUGACAACAAAGGGCAGCCUGAUGGUCGUGGGCCUGGGUGGGAACAACAAGGAUCAGGCUGGGAGCAGCAGGGACCUCCAUGGGGUCGAUUUGGACCUGGAUGGGGUCGUUUUGGACCUGGAUGGGGACCACAAGGACCACCUAGGCGUGAAGGCGAAGGACCGGCAGAUCAUUAUGGGCCACCUGGGUUUGGACCUGGCCCUGAUGGUAGGCCUCAAGACUUCAAUGGGCCUAAUAAUGAACAAUUCAGACGUUCAUGGUUUUGGUUCAGACAACGUGGUCCUUCUGAGGGACAGAAGGUUAGCUCGAUCCCUUGAAACCGCUGACGAGCGUGAGGCCAGGUUGACUGCUGUUCGUGAACAAAUUGCAGAGACUCGAAGAGGAGAAUGUAGUACGGCGCGCCAGUCGCGAUUAGAUACCAUGCGCACUCAAAAUGCAUUGUCGCGGUCUCAGGAAAGUGCAGAAGCACAUGAGAUGCGGCUGUCAAUUGACCGAGAGCGCCAUGCUAAGUCACGCGCGUCAGAGACGUUCACGCAGCGAGAGACGAGGCUGAGUUCUCAGCGCAACCGCACUGAUGUCGCUCGAUCUUGUGAGAGUGUUGAAGGGCGACAAGCGCGUUUGGAAAGCGAUCGGGAGCGCCACGCUGAGUCUCGCGCAUCCGAGACGUAUACGCAGCGCGAGACGAGACUAAGUUCGCAGCGCAGUCGCACUGAUGCCGCUCGAUCUUGCGAGAGUGUCGAAGCGCGACAAAUUCGACUGGAAAGUGAUCGGGAGCGCCACGCUGAUUCUCGCGCGUCUGAAACGUACACGCAACGAGAGGCGAGGUUAUGUUUACAGCGGAGCCGCGCUUCUUUUUCUCGGUCGAUUGAAGACGAUGAAGAACGGGAGACCCGCUUAAGAAGAGACCGCUCUCAGCAUGCCCUGUCACGUUCUUUAGAGACAGAUGAGCAGCGUGAAGAACGUCGUGCAGCUGCUCGGCAGCGGUACCACGAACUGCUUGGAGAUGCGUCUACUCAUCUAUCACAAGAACGGGACAGAAUUCAAGAGAUUCGGGGAACUUGGUCGGACGAACAGCGUGCGGCACAAGUAGAACAAGAUCGCCUGCGUCGUAACGUAAAUCAGCUUUCAACAUCUGAUGAGGAAUCCACGGUUUACGAUAUCGAAGAGCAACCAUGGCUAAACAAAGAGGGAAGUGGAUUUAUGUACAAUGUUGCGAUUAACUACGCCGCUUAUGGCAAUAUUGGUGCCUUAGAAGAAGUGUGUGCUCACUGCCAAGCACGCAAAUGGAAAGGGAAGCCAAAUGGGAUGUGUUGUGCAUCUGGUAAGGUCCGCUUGGACUCUAUGCAGGACCCGCCAGACCUGUUAAGAGUCCUAUUAAAUGGCGAGCAUCCAAAGUCCAGCCAUUUUUUGAAAAACAUCCGAGCUUAUAAUAGCGCCUUCCAGACGACUUCUUUUGGUGCAAAUCAAAUCGUUGAAGCAGGAUUCAUGCCAACAUUCAAUGUACAGGGGCAGGUUUAUCAUCAAAUCGGUUCUUUACUACCAACAGACAAGCCAAAAUUUUUGCAAGUUUAUUUUAUUAGCGAUUUCGAUGAACAAGCCAACGUGCGAAGCAGACACAUCCCCAAUUUGGACUCUGGUCUGGUCAGGGGAUUGCAAAUUCUCAAUGUGAGGAUUCACAUGGCGUCGGUGCCUGAGAACGAGCGCAACCGCUUUAAGUUUGUCAUCAGCGCAGAUAGAAGACCGAUCGCAGCCCAUCCCGGGCGGUAUAAUGCACCAACGACGAAUGAGGUAGCCGUUCUCUUAGUCGAUCAGGAGUGUGAUAAAAGAGAUAUCGUUUUGCGCACGCAUGAUGACCGGCUUCAAAGGAUCAGCGAGACACACCGCGCUUACGAUUCUCUUCAAUAUCCUCUUAUGUUCUGUCGCGGAGAGGAUGGCUACCAUUUUGCCCACUAUAAUGAAGAUCCCCAGACAGGCUCCCUGAAUUACAUCAAAAAAACGUCCGCUAUGCAGUUUUACAGCUUCUUGAUUCAGCUUCGAUUUCUGGUGGAUAUGUACGCCAAAAUUGAGACAGAGCGUUUGGUAUUUAUAAGGUCCAACCAAAGAAAGCUGAGAGCUGAGAACUACGUCCAUCUCAGGGAUGCCAUGCAUCACGAUGCAAAUGCUCAAGAUGUAGGAAGGAUGGUCAUUCUACCCUCCACCUUCACAGGAGGUCCGCGGUACAUGCACGAGAGGACGCAAGACGCGUUUUGUUACGUGCGAAAGUUUGGUAGCCUGGACAUGCUCACUAAAAAACUACACUUAAAAUGA